AUGCCCGGUCCCAUAGAGGAUUAUGAAGACGGCCUUGUGCCUGACUUUUGGGAAAAUGGAGAAUACGAGGAUGAUCCAGAUAAUGAAACAACCGAUGACUUCAUUAAGGCUGAGGACUAUGACAUGAUUCAAAGUCUGGAGAAUAUCAUCACCGAUACUGAAUGCGAUUCGACACCCACAGAUUUACCCCGGUUAUCACUUCUGAACGACAGCAUGGGAAAGAAUAUAGAGCAACCACAGACAGUCUUUUUACCAGCGGACUUCAAACCAGCAACCAACAUUUCUGUGGAGAUACCAGAAAGCACGCUGAUCGCACCACGAUAUCUCUACCAAGGGGAGGAGUUACCUAUACCACCUGAGAGGGAGUGGCAGGCUGUCCAUAACUUGCUUGAAAGACAUAGCACACUGAGAAAUGGUCAUGACGGCUUUAUCGAAUUCAACCUCGACCAAUUCACUGUUUACAUUGAACCUUACGUUCCUGGCGUGAGCAAAAGUUAUGAGAAAAUGCGAUAUCCGUCCGAAUUGCGACCCUUACAGCAUCUUUCUAUUAAGCCUGGCUGUAGCCGUAUGUACAUCGAUGGCAUUCUGUCGUUCGAAGGGACUCGGUACUUCAUCCGGCAAGUCCCUUUUGAAGAGCUACCAAUCGGCAACUAUGGUGUCUCAGAGCACACAGUUGGCUCUAACAUUUGGGUUCGGUCAAGCUUAAAUGUUAGGGUUGCAAGCCAACACAAGGGCCGUGAUGUGUACUAUCGGUUGAAGGGCCCUUCUCCGGAAUACAAAAGAUAUUACUCUGGAUUUCUCUGGAUUGCAGACUUAGCGAAACAUGUUGCUGACUAUCUUUCGGCUGCGGUAGCAGAGAAUCGACGCAUAGUCUUUCGAGACUUUCGAUCCGAAUUCAGCAAAUGGUUAUCCACAACUCACCAAGGCUCCAAAGCCUUCACGCACUGGCGAGCUCAGCAUCCAAGUUCAGACUUUUGUACUGCGAUAGUUGCGAACUUGGACUUCAUAUACAAGGAAACUUAUGGGGUCCUUGGGCAUGAUGAAACCAGGUCAAUUUACCUGUGGCAGGAGAUCCGCGACUAUACUGCGUAUACAGACGCCUCCGAAAAAUUCCCUUUGAUCCUCACAAGCAACACGUCUUCGCUUCGAUCACCGCGAGACGGCAAGUCCAGCCAGAUCCCCAAAACCACCGUCACCCCUUACAUUGAUCAACUUUUCAGCCAUUUACCAUUUGGCAGCAUGAUGGAGCCACUGAGACCAAGUCUCAAAGUUGAUAAGCUGCGAGAAACAAUAUCCCGCAGUUACAACCUGGAAUCAUCACCAAGUAUUCAUACUUCGGCGGACCAAAUUAGAAGAGACAAAAUCAUCCGAGAGAUCCGGGCUGGCGAUGUCAUCUCUACUACAAGGGAUGAUAAGAAUGAAUCGCAUUGGGCCAGAGAGGUUGCUAUUGGCUUCCAUGAUGUCGACCGCUGGUUUGGGCUUGUACAAAAAGUCCACAGCCCGAAGAACGGGGAACCUUGUUUUGAUGUUAUCUGGCUUUACAGACCGGUUGACACGAUCUGUGGCAUAAUGAAGUACCCUUGGAACAACGAGCUGUUUCUUUCAGAUCAUUGCUCCUGCAAAGAUAGCCACCCGAAAAUCCUAGCAAGUGAGGUACUUUCAAUUCAUCAAAUGGAUUGGGGAGGCUCAUCAGACACCAAUGCCGAAUUCUUCUGUCGACAGACGUAUCUUACUGGCACACGCCGGUGGGUAACGUUUCAGGAGACUCACUUACGCUGCUAUCAUAAUUCAAAAGCGUUUCCAUACAAAGUCGGCGAUACGCUUCUCGUUCACCUUAAGAAGGCUGCCGACUAUGUUGAACCUUGCGAGUUAGUAGCACUUCCAGGACUCAAAGAAGUAUUGACCUUCAGACUACUCCAUCGAAGAGACCGAUUAGAGUCCCAAGCAAAUAUCCCACCAAAUGAACUUCUAUACAGCGACGACACCGUGUCUCUCAAGGCAGAUGCUAUACACGGCAGAUGCCUUGUACGGUUUUUCCAGCCUAACGAGUUAAUACCGCCUCCCUACGACCGGAAGGGCGUAGGCAAUGCCUUCUUCAUCACCCACCGUCUACAGUCAUCAGGACAGAUUAUCCCAAUGGAUGGCAAGCCUGCAUCUCUAAGGCAGGGUUUUGAUCCCUUAAAACAUGUUCCCAAGCUUCGAGGGGUUGACCUUUUUUGUGGAGGGGGCAAUUUCGGCCGUGGCUUGGAAGAAGGAGGAGCAGUCGAGAUGAAAUGGGCCAAUGACAUCAACGUCAGAGCUAUCCAUACCUACAUGGCAAAUGCAACCGGUACUGUGCAUCCCUUCGCGGGCUCUAUCGACCAUAUGCAGAGGCUUGCUCUAGAGGGAAAGUUUAGCAACAAGGUGCCAAAGAUUGGGCUAGUGGACUUCGUCUCUGCUGGAAGCCCUUGUCCAGGCUUCUCCCGUUUAACUGUCGACAAAGCUACCCCAGAACAGCGCAAAAACCAGUCUCUUGUUGCAGCUUUUGCCUCGUUUAUCGACAUAUAUCGACCAAAAUUCGGCAUACUUGAGAAUGUCUUAGAGAUCGUGCAGCCGCUGGGCAAGCGGAAUGAGGAUGUUUUCUGCCAACUGGUUUGUGCUAUUGUUGGUCUCGGCUACCAGGCUCAUUUCUCCUUGCUGGACGCAUGGACAUUUGGCUCACCUCAAAGCCGUAGUCGUGUCUUCUUAUGCUUCGCGGCGCCAGGAUUCAAUCUCCCAGAGAUGCCACUGCAUUCACACUCACACCACGAAAAAACUUUUCGCAGCAAAACGCUGGGCUUGUUACCGAAUGCCGAGCCGAUGGUUGAACGGUGUUUUAUGCCAACACCGUUCAAGUUCGUCACUGCUGAAGAGGCAACAGCCGACCUGCCUGAUAUCAUGGACAGUAAACCAGAUUGUUGCAUCGCUUUUCCUGACCAUAGAUUAGCCUAUGGGAUGACGAGAUACUUUCGCAAUCAGUUGAGCGUAAUCCCUAAGCAGCCAUAUGGUAUGAACUUUCAGACAGCAUGGAAAAAUGGACAUGGUACAAUGACGAAGGCCGAGAGAGACUUUUUUCCUGAAAAGGGCGCAAGGGUUAGUAUGGGUUCGUCUCGUGCAUGGGGUCGGUGCCCCCCGGGCAAGAUCUUGCAAACGGUUACUACAACACCUUCUCCAGCAGAUGCGCGGAUGGGCCGGCUUUUGCAUUGGAGCCAGAACAGAGUGUUAAGUAUCAUGGAAGCCCGCCGAGCUCAGGGAUUUCGAGAUCACGAGGUAAUCUUGGGUCAACCAAAGGACCAGUGGAGGGUUAUCGGCAACAGUGUUGCCAGAGAGGUGUCAUUGGCUCUUGGGUUAUGCUUUCGCGAGGCAUGGCUCGGAUCUCUGAUUGAGGGAGACGAAAUCGAGCCUGUAAACCGUGUCCCCAAGCAGCGUAACCUUGAGGCUUUGUCUUGCCAUUUACCGGAUACAGUUCAGCCCGAGCCAUUGUCAGUUGCGAGCUCAAGGAGGAGCAUAUCUAGUUCAGAAACGCUACGCUCCUCUUCAUCUGCAACACCGGCCAAACGCCCGUUGGGAAGUACACUGGAAGUUCGGUUGUUCGUGUCAAAGAUUGCAAAAAACAGUGCGGGACAGACAACGAGUGAGGGGGCCGUUAAACCUGAUAUUCGACGAGUGACACCAGAGUUGCCAAUCGUAUCAGACCUACCACACGUCAGCAUCUGA